UAUUAUAGUUUAUUGAUGUUAACAUUUUAGAUAAUUCAACAAUGACAAUUUAUACUAUUCAUAAAACUUUCAUAAAUCAAGCUCGAUUUUUUUUUUUUAAUAUAAAAAUUCAUUUAUGUUUUAAUUUGCAGGAUAACAGUAUUAAACUGGUUUGAACAUUUCAAACCAACUUUUAUUCCAACCAAAUAGAGAAACAACAGAUAGAGCGACCCCACAAACCAAGAUUCCAAACCAACAUUACAUUCCCCAUCAUUGACAGCAAAAUAAUAUUAAUUCGUUAAAAAACAAUUUUAAAUACUAAUUUGAUUAAUUCACUAUUUACUUCACUAUGUAUAUAAUAAUCCCUCACGCAUGUUUCCUUUCAUCUGUUGCUACCAAAUUACAAACCAACCAUUUUUCUUUUUCUCUUCCAAAUUUUUCAUGGAGAGUUCAAUGAACAAUGCCUUCAUUAUGGGAAAACAUGAAACGGCGACGUUUACAGGCGACCAAAAUCCAGAAGAAAGUAGCUGGACGAUGUACUUUGAGGAUUUCUUCGAGGCUUCUUCAAGCAUAGUUGACGUCGGAGAUUGCAGCUCUUCCUCCGUCUCCGAUGCAGCGUCGUUCGUGGCCACUAAGAAGACCCUCCACGUGUCGAAGCAAGAAGGAUCUAAUUUGGACAUCAAGAGGACGAGAAAUAGAGAGAUUCCUUUUGGUCGUCGUCAUGAUCUUGAAGACACUGCCUCUUCUCCUUCUCAUAGCCCUAACGUCUAUAGCAUGAUGAACCUACAGGACAACAACACUAGACACGGGGGUGGUAUUGUGGCUGAUGACACAAAUAAUGAGAAAAGAGAGAGUGCAGUGCAAAACCAAGGUGGAUUAUCAAUAGACUUGAAGAAAAAGGGGCUUUGUUUAGUUCCUUUGUCUAUGGUCACCAAUUUUCUUGGUUGAUUAUAAAUAACAAUCCUUAUUCAUUCUUUUGGUUUCCAAUAAUUUUUUUCCUUCUAGAAUAUUAAUAUUUGGUAGAUUUUUUUCAGUCAUAUGUAAUAUAUGUUAUUCACUUAAUUGUUGAGAUAUGCUUAUGUAACAAAUUACAUAUGGCAUGUGAGUUUUAUGGACAUUCAUAUUUUUAUUGGAAUAUAUGUAUAUAUAU